CGCAAACACCCCACCAUUACCGUCCCCUCCGCCGCUAUUGACUCUUUUUUUUUCUCCCUCCCCCUUGCUUUCCUCGUCUUUCACUCUGCAACUGACCGCCAGAUCGCGCAUCAAUUGACCCAGCAUGGCGGCCAACAAGCCCGUCGUCAGCAACUAUGAGGCCGAGGAAGUGUUCGAGGAGGGGGAUGCCCCCAAGGAGGCCCAGACGGUGCACCGCAUCCGGGCCAACUCAACCAUUAUGCAGCUGAACAAGAUUCUGGUUGCCAACCGAGGUGAAAUCCCGAUUCGUGUAUGUGCGACCCCGAUCUUCACUGCGCCUUUGCGACGGACGUUGAGGUGGCUUGCUCACUCAUCUUUUCGCUCCAGAUCUUCAGAACCGCUCACGAGCUGUCGCUUCACACCAUCGCCGUCUUCAGCUAUGAGGACCGCCUCUCGAUGCACAGGCAGAAGGCCGACGAGGCGUACGUCAUUGGCAAGCGCGGCCAGUAUACCCCCGUCGGUGCCUAUCUCGCCGGCGACGAGAUCAUCAAGAUUGCUCUGGAGCAUGGCGCACAGAUGAUCCACCCUGGCUACGGUUUCCUGUCUGAGAAUGCCGAGUUUGCUCGCAAGGUCGAGAAGGCUGGCCUUAUCUUCAUUGGGCCUUCCCCUGAAGUUAUCGAAGCCCUUGGCGACAAGCUCUCGGCCAGGAAGAUUGCCAUUGCCGCUGGCGUCCCCGUCGUCCCGGGCACCGACAGCGCGGUUGGGACGUUCGAGGAGGUCAAGAAGUUCACCGACCAGUAUGGCUUCCCGGUCAUCAUCAAGGCUGCUUACGGUGGCGGCGGCCGCGGCAUGCGUGUCGUGCGCGACGAAGCUUCCCUCAAGGAGUCCUUCGAGAGAGCCUCGUCUGAGGCCAAGAGCGCUUUUGGUGACGGCACCGUCUUCGUCGAGCGUUUCCUCGAAAAGCCCAAGCACAUCGAGGUCCAGCUCCUCGGUGACAACCACGGCAACAUCGUCCACCUGUACGAGCGCGACUGCUCCGUCCAGCGGAGACACCAAAAGGUCGUCGAGAUCGCCCCGGCCAAGGACCUCCCCACCGAAGUUCGGGAUGCCAUGCUGAACGAUGCCGUUCGUCUGGCCAAGCAAGUUGGACUUCGCAACGCCUCCACCGCGGAGUUCCUCGUGGAUAGCCAAAACCGCUAUUAUUUCAUCGAGGUCAACCCUCGCAUCCAAGUCGAGCACACCAUCACCGAGGAGAUCACCGGCAUUGAUAUUGUCGCUGCGCAAAUUCAGAUCGCCGCCGGCGCAACCCUGGAGCAGCUAGGACUCACCCAAGACAGGAUCACCACCAGGGGCUUCGCCAUCCAGACACGGAUCACCACUGAAGACCCGGCCAAGAACUUCCAGCCUGACACGGGCAAGAUCGAAGUCUACCGGUCCGCUGGUGGAAAUGGCAUUCGUCUUGACGGCGGAAACGGCUUUGCGGGCGCGGUUAUUACCCCACACUAUGAUUCUAUGCUGGUCAAGGUCAUCGCUUCUGGCUCCACCUAUGAAAUCGCACGCCGCAAGAUGCUCCGCGCCCUUAUCGAGUUCCGCGUCCGUGGCGUCAAAACUAACAUCCCUUUCAUUUGCACUCUUCUGGCCCAUCCUGCUUUCAUCGAGGGCAAAUGCUGGACGACGUUCAUUGACCAGACGCCCGAGCUGUUCGACCUCGUUGGCAGCCAGAACCGUGCGCAGAAGCUGCUUGCCUACCUCGGCGACGUGGCCGUCAACGGGAGCUCUAUCAAGGGACAGAUUGGCGAGCCCAAACUGAAGACCGACAUCGUCAUCCCGCAACUGCGUGAUGAAGCCGGAAACAAGAUCGACACCUCGCAGCCGUGCACUAAGGGCUGGCGGCAGAUCAUCUUGGAGCAAGGCCCCAAGGCGUUUGCCAAGGCAGUUCGCAACUACAAGGGCUGCUUGCUCAUGGACACCACUUGGCGUGAUGCCCAUCAGUCCCUGCUCGCUACCCGUGUACGGACCGUCGAUCUGCUGAACAUCGCCCGGGAGACCAGUCACGCGCUUCACAACUUGUACAGCUUGGAAUGCUGGGGUGGCGCCACCUUCGAUGUCGCCAUGCGCUUCCUCUACGAGGACCCCUGGGACCGCCUCCGCAAGAUGCGCAAGCUCGUCCCCAACAUCCCCUUCCAGAUGCUGCUGCGCGGUGCAAACGGGGUUGCGUAUUCUUCCCUCCCGGACAACGCCAUCUACCACUUCGUCGACCAGGCCAAGAAGAAUGGUGUUGAUAUCUUCAGAGUCUUUGACGCCCUGAACGACAUCAACCAGCUCGAGGUUGGCAUCAAGGCUGUUCAGAAGGCCGGCGGCGUCUGCGAAGGCACCGUCGUGUACAGCGGCGACAUGCUCACCAAGAAGAAGUACACCCUCGAGUACUACAUGGAUUUGGUCGACAAGCUGGUGGCUCUCGACAUUGAUGUCCUGGGUAUCAAAGACCCGGCAGGUGUUCUCCGUCCGAGGGCGGCAACGCUGCUCGUUGGAAGCAUUCGGAAGAAGUAUCCCGACCUCCCCAUCCACGUCCAUACGCACGACUCGGCCGGCACCGGCGUCGCCUCCAUGGUUGCCUGCGCCAUGGCCGGCGCUGACGCCGUGGAUGCUGCUACCGACAGCCUUUCUGGCAUGACGUCCCAGCCCAGCAUCAACGCCAUCAUUGCCUCGCUUGAAGGCACUGAGUACGAUCCCGGUCUCAAUGUCCAGCAUGUCCGCGCCCUCGACACCUACUGGUCUCAGCUCCGCCUCCUUUACUCGCCGUUCGAAGCUCACCUCACCGGCCCUGACCCCGAGGUGUAUGAGCAUGAGAUCCCGGGUGGUCAGCUCACCAACAUGAUGUUCCAGGCUUCUCAGCUCGGCCUUGGUUCCCAGUGGCUUGAGACCAAGAAGGCUUAUGAGCAGGCGAACGAGCUUCUGGGCGACAUUGUGAAGGUCACUCCUACCUCCAAAGUCGUCGGUGACCUGGCGCAGUUCAUGGUCUCCAACAAGCUCACGCCCGAGGAUGUCAAGGCUCGUGCUUCCGAGCUGGACUUCCCCGCCUCCGUCCUCGAGUUCUUCGAGGGCCUGAUGGGUCAGCCCUAUGGCGGCUUCCCGGAGCCUCUGCGCACCAAUGCCCUCCGUGGUCGCCGCAAGCUGAACCAGCGCCCUGGCCUCUUCCUCGAGCCCGUUGACUUCGCCAAGGUUCGGAAGGAGCUCGCCAACAAGUUUGGAGGCCCGGUCACCGAGUGCGACGUUGCGAGCUACAUCAUGUAUCCCAAGGUGUUUGAGGACUACAAGAAGUUCGUGGCCAAGUAUGGCGAUCUGUCGGUGCUUCCGACCAAGUACUUCCUCUCCAAGCCCGAGAUUGGCGAGGAGUUCCACGUCGAGCUUGAAAAGGGCAAGGUGCUCAUUCUCAAGCUUCUCGCCGUCGGCCCGCUCUCCGAGAACACCGGCCAGCGCGAGGUGUUCUACGAGAUGAACGGCGAGGUCCGCCAGGUGACGGUUGACGACAAAUUGGCGGCGGUCGAGAACGUCAGCCGGCCCAAGGCCGACCCCACCGACACGAGCCAGGUUGGUGCGCCCAUGGCUGGUGUGCUGGUGGAGCUUCGCGUCCAUGACGGCUCCGAGGUCAAGAAGGGUGACCCCCUUGCGGUUCUGAGCGCCAUGAAGAUGGAAAUGGUCAUCUCGGCCCCGCACAAUGGCGUUGUUUCCCAACUGUCGGUGCGCGAAGGCGACUCGGUCGACGGCUCGGAUCUUGUCUGCCGCAUUGUCAAAGGCGACGCCAAAUGAGAAGAAACCAGUGUCACAUUCAAGCCAGAUUCGUCGCAUCCACAACCCGGUAUUUGCCCCAGUGGGGUGACUAGAAGGUCUGGAUAGCUCGGCUCUCCCGUUUGCACCUGGAAUCUCUGGGGCAGGAUUGAGGGCGGAAGAAACCAGGAUCCAGU